CCCCCACAACUUCUCCCACUAUGGAGCAAGAGCUCCUAUCGCUCCUUGCCGACACGCAGUCGCCGGCCGCCGAUACGAGAAAGGCCGCCGAGCUUCAACUGCUGCGUCUCUACUCCAACGAGAACUUCCCUCUCUCUCUCGCCGCUAUUGCUUCGCACGAUUCCGUCCCCACCAACCUCCGUCAGUCCGCCCUCUCCGUCCUGCGUACCUUUAUUGCCGCCGCCUGGUCCCCGAACCUGGACGAGUUCAAGGGCCGCAUCCUCAUCAACGAUGUCAACAAGGAUCAGAUUCGAAGAGUCUUGCUGGACCUGGCAACCGUGACCGAGACCCCCGAGCGCAAGGUCAAGUCGUCUGCCAGUUUCGCCGUCAGCAAGAUUGCCAGCGCCGAUUUUCCUGAACAGUGGCCGGACCUCUUGCCGACCCUGCUUCAGAUCAUCAACGAUGGCAACAGCACCUCGGGGGCUCUGCACGGUGCCUUGAAGGUGCUCCUGGAUCUAGUCGACACCGGGUUCAACGAGGAGCAGUUCUUCAACGUCGCCAGGGACCUCGUCUCGUCGCUUUACAACGUGGCCACCAGCGAGUCGAGAAGACCGAUGCUGCGCGCCUUGGCCGUCGCCGUCUUCCGGUCGUGCUUCGAUACCCUGGAAAUGGUCCUGGAACAACACAAGGUGGCCGUCAAGCAGUUCAUGGACGAAGUGCUCGGUGGCUGGUCUCCUUUCUUUAUCUCGACGCUGAAGGCCCCCUUGCCCGAAGCUCCUGUAGAGGAAGAAGAAGCGAAGGAGACCCAGGUCGCUUCCCAAUGGAGGGGUGUGAUCGGCUUGAAGUUGCAGGUGGUGAAAGUGAGUUCUCGAUUGCUACUCUGGCUUAUUCCAUACAAUCCCCGGUGCUAACUAUCCCUCCCUCCCCUCAGACUCUGAUGAAGAUUCGAAUGGUUUUCCCCGGUCUCCUAUCCGCCCAAAGUCCUAUCUACUUUUCUACAAUCUGGACAGAGCUCACGAAUAUCCAGAAAGGAUACCAUGAGUUCUAUAUUCAGGACGAAAGACAGGGUCGUUUGGAGGACGUGGACGGGCUCCCAUACACUCUCGACUUCCUCGUUCUGGAAGAGUUGGACUUGAUUCAAACUCUCCUGAAAGCACCCCCGGUCAAGGCAGAGCUGCAGCAGCAAUUGCAGAACGCCGGACAGGCCGUCACCACUUCUAGUUGGCUGCCGGAGAUUCUCAGGUUGACCGGAUCAUAUGCCCAGAUCACGUCCGAGGAAGAAGGCCUGUGGGACAUUGAUGUCAACCUUUUCCUUUCGGAAGAGACUUCCGUCACCGCCAACUACACACCUCGUACCUGCAGUGGUGACUUGGUCAUCAAGCUCGGCGAGUGGCUCAAGGGUACUACGGUCGAGGGUCUGCUAGUAUACCUAACUGCCGUUUUUGCGGACUCUUCUUCUACGUGGAAAUCCCGUGAAUCGGCCCUGUACAUCCUCAACCAACUGCUCCGGGACUUCAGCGAGGUCGCUCAACAGAUCUCUGCGGACUUGGCAAAUGGAUUCAACGGCCUCAUCCACUACUCCAUGCAGCAAGAGCAGGAGUUUCUCAGAGCCCGCGGCUACCUUGUGGCGGGUGUCCUGACCCAGGUGGCCGGCGAGGCGUUCCAGCCGACCGCCGCGUCUUAUCUUGAGGCUACCCUGAAGGCGAUCUCCGAAGACCCAUCGGAAGUCGUGAAGGUUUCUUGCAUUCGCGCCCUGCAGGAUCUGCUGCCGGCUCUGUCUUCCAACAUCACUAUUCCCCUCCAGAACUCCAUCAUCUCCGCCAUUUCAGAGUUUGUCUCCUCGCACGAUCUCCGCGAACCGUCCGACAGCGACGACCUCAAGGUCACUCUCGCCGAAACGCUCCGCGACACGAUCAUGGUCAAUCCGAGCAUCGUUCUGUCGUCCAUCGCCAUUGAUGUUCUAUUCAACAUCGCCAGCAACGGCGCGACCAAUUUCCAGCUCACCAUGAUCGUCAUCGAGGCCUUCGAGGACCUGGUCGAUGCCAUUGCAGACCAGGGCCCCGAAUCAUUUGUUCUUCUCUGCGAGAAGGUCCUGCCUUCUUUGACUGGGGCCAUUGACGUUGGAAACCUGACUCAGGAGAACGCGCUGACAAACUUUGCCGCGGAUCUCUUGCGAGCUCUUGCGGAGAGAGCUCUCGAGCCCCUUCCGGCCGGAUUCGUGGAGACCGUCAUGCCCAAGAUGAACCGAUUGCUGCUGGACUCGACCGACGCGGAACUAAUUCGUCCCGCGACGGAAGCCGUUCGGCACAUGCUCUCGCACGACUUCAACCAAUUUGUCAACUGGCGGGACCCUCAGAGCGGCAAGGAAGCCACCGAGGUUGUCUUGGUGAUCAUUGAUCGCUUGUUGGGACCGUCCGUCGACGACAACGCUGCGACCGAGGUCGGACAGCUGGCGGCCGAACUGGUCGAGAAAGCGGGCUCCGAAAGACUUGGACCCUAUCUGCCCCAGCUCCUCCGGGCCGUGGCGCAGCGAUUGGCGACCGCCCAGCAAGCUCAAUUCAUCCAGAGUUUGAUCCUCGUUUUCGCCCGACUGACGCUCAUCAGUGCGCGCGAGGUGGUGGACUUCCUCGCGCAGGUCGACAUUGGCGGGCAGAGCGGACUGCCGAUCGUGAUGAGCAAAUGGCUGGAGAAUUCGGUCAACUUCGCCGGGUAUGACGAAAUCAAGCAAAACAUCAUCGCCCUGGCAACGCUGUACAACCUGGAAGAUCCUCGAUUGGCUCAGGUCCAGGUCAAGGGCGACCUCAUCAUCCAGGACACCGGUCGCAUCAAGACGCGGUCGCAGACGCGCAACAACCCGGAUCAGUACACGGCGGUGCCGGCACCGUUGAAGAUCGUCAAGGUGCUGGUCGAGGAGUUGGCGGCGGCGGCGGGCAGCAAAGAGAUCGACGCGGCGACAGCGGCGGCGCUGGAGGAAGAGGACAGCGACGAAGACGACGAGUGGGAGGACCUCCCCGCCAACACGCUGGAUCUGAGUCUGGGGGUGACGAAACAGGAGCUGAUGGCGUUUGGCGAAGGCGGCAGCGAAGGAGUGUUUGGCGUGCGCAAGCGUGACGACGAGACGCAGGCGUUUUUGCUGGACUUCUUCCGCAACGCAUCUGCCAAGACCGAAUUCCAGCAACUAUUUGCAGCCUUGACGCCGGCCGAGCAGGAGAAGCUGCAGAGUCUGGGCUAAUUGGAUUACGAGAGAGAGACAGAAAAAAAAAGAAUACCAAGACGGGUGAUAUGACGCAGGGAUAGAUUAAUUACGGUUGAUGCAUCAGAAUUCUUGGACGGAAUCUGACGGGGAACCGAACCAUUGGGGAAGAGAAUACGAAGAUCGCUGUCGAUGAACAUAUUAAGGUUAUUGAUGAUGUGUAUGUAUUUGGAUGGAUGCUUAGACCAGUGAUUUUGGCAGCCCGUAUCUAUGGGUCAGCGAUGUGUUUGUCUGGGCCUUCUACAGCAAGUGCGUAGUUCGUAUCUAGGACCUCGCUAGCCUAGGUAGUUUCCAACAUGACAUGUCCAGUCUACUCCGUAAAUGGCACUCCGUACAUGCCAACGCAUCGCUCAAAAAGCCCUUGAGCAAGGGUGCGACCGAAUGCCGUAUUCCAGGGUAAUUUCAGCGAAGAGGGGAGAGGGGAUCGAACCCCAUCGCUUACUCCGGUGUACUCAGAAGUAGGUUCUUCGCUCAUGCAACCGAAGGAGGGGGAAGAGGGAUUCGCAGUGCACUAGCCCAGAUAUUACCUGGACCGGGAACUGGAACUGGGAACUGGGAGACACAACCUAACCGGACUCUUAGGUAGCCUCUGUUAGACCGACUAAGUUAGGCUAGCACCGGGUGAACCAAGCGAGCCAAUAACACAAGGCUAUCGAGAUUAAUUGUUAGAAUCUGUAAGCGCCACUGGGGAGGCGGUGGGUUUCGCGUCCAUAGCGAAGGAUGAAUAAACGUACGAGUAUCCUGAGGGUUGGGUUGGGUUGGGUUGGUUUGCGUCCUC